UCAUUUUAUUCACACACAACCAACAACACACUCACUAAAAUCGUCAAACGUUAAAAUCAAAAAGAAAAUUAUGAUUAUUGUUUAUAUUAUUGCGAUAAAACGAUGUGCAAACACAAUUUUUUGAUCGACAUCAAAGACACGUUUAAGCAAUUUAUGCUUCUGUGCAUUUUACCAUUGUAGCCGUUUGUGUUUUUUUUUCUUUGCAUUUUUACCGUGGUGUAAGACAAUAUUGCCGAUUUAAUGCGAUAAAUUUUCAAGUGACCAAGUUAUAAAAGUGAAUGAAAUAUAUUUUUUGCAUUCAUGUUUUUUUAAGAAUCCAAAACGACACAAAUUUAAAACAAACACAAAAAAAAACGAAUUGUUCAAUUGAAAAUACGACGCGUAAAAAUACCGAAACGAAUUCAAUAUACAAAUUAAAUGAAUUAUUAUGACAAAAAAAAAUCAUACAUGUAGACAUAUACACAUUUAAAAAACUCAAAUGCCGAAUAAUUCGCGAUAUUUUUUCUCUCUCACUUUUGAAUUUGAAGUAAGCAAUGUUUACAAUCAACUUUAAUUGAAUCAGAUUAGAGUUUUGCGUUGUAUACAGCGAGUCACAGACUCACACAAAUAAAAACAUUCAUACGGAACGAUAGUGUGUGUAUGUUGUUCUAUAGUUUAAAAAAAUGGUUCUAUGGCAAACUUGCUUUUUGCAUCAGCAAUUCUGCAAGUUAAUAAAGAAUCAUUGAUAAAAGAGUUCAAUAAAUUUGGUGCAAAAAAGACAACAAAAAAUAACCGGUGAAAAAAGAAACGAACGUUGAUUUGUUUGGUUCGGUUAAAAUACGAGUAUUUGUGUGAGAUGUUGCAGUGUUAGUUUGGCGUUGAAACAUAGAACAGACGAGAUCUUUUUUGAAUCAACAAUAACACGGUGGAAACAGCUUGCAGUCAUCAUCAGUGGCAAUUUCGCAUCACAUAUACUAUCACAUAAUGUUAAAAACAAUUGGCGAUAUCGAUCGAAUAUGAAAUAAAUAACAAAAAGGUUAAAUAACCUUUGAUUUAGUCGGUUGACUUCGUUUGAACCAUUGGUGAUAGUGUGAAAGGUAAAUAAAAGACGAUGGAACUGUUAAACAUUCAAAAGCAAUGCGCGCACACACAAUGAAGCAUUGAGAUACAUCGAUUCGAAAAAUUGUAUCCUGAUUACAACGUAGAAAAAAAACGGGGAGGAACAUUUGUGACGAACAACGGCAAUGAUAUAGAAAAGUUGAGGAAAAGUAGACAUUGUCUCACGCGCAAAUAUGCCAAAAUCAAUAACAUAGAUACAAAAUAGCAUCCAUAUAAUAAAAACAACAACAAUAACACAAUAAAGUCGCUUGAUUGGACCACGGACAAAACAUAUACGCGACGCGCACUCAUUCAAUUUGAGAUUUGGUUUGGGUGCAUCGAUUUUCUAUUAUUAGUUCAUUCUCUGUUCAUCUUGUCGGUAUGUGUGUUCAUCGGUUUUGAUUCGCUUCAAUGGCCAAACAUUAAGCUGAAAACAUCAACCAGCGGACGAACAUAAUUGAAAACAAGGAUAAAACGAAAGCGUGUUGUAUGUUUAUUGUGUAAAUAAAAUGGAAAAUUGAACAAUUAUACGGUGUUACAUUUUUGCCCAAGUCACAUACAUACACAUUUAUUAAAAGCGUUAUUGGUGUUGCAAAUGGAAACCAAGUAGCAAUUGCAUCAGCGAACCAAACUAACAACAAUAAAAAAAGGAAGAAAUGUUGUUAUAAUAUAGAUCGAUAAAUAAAUAUAGAGAGAGAGAGAGAGAAACGCACACCCAAGAAUUUAGUUCAACGAUUAAAUUUAACCAAAAAAGGAGAGAACUAUGCAAGAGAGAAAGAGUAUAGAAAAGUAAAUACGUAAGCGCAUAAAUUCAAUAGAGUUACUGCAUGUCCAAAUAAAUUGCAAACGAAUAACGCAAAAACUAGGAGAAGAAGAAGCAAAAGCAGGGAAAAAAAUCCAGAAUAUCGACUGCAUGUGUGUGAAUUUAUAUUAGGAAUAAGAAUCUUAAAGGAAAAUUGAGAAAGGAUAGCAAAAACAGAAGAAAAAAAAUCAACCCAUUACGUUAGAAAGAAAAAGAAAACGUUACACCUCACUCACAUACACAUAAAUACAUACUUCACACACGACGGAAAAUAUAGUUGAAAGAGAAAUUAAUGUGCUCUCCCCGACAAAUAUAUUAAUGUGUUACACGUGAAUGUGUUUUGUUGUUUCAUUUUUUUUUUACAUACAACACAGAGUAAACAAAAAAUAAAAAAAUAAAAGAAAAAAUAUAUAUUAUAUAUCUAUAUAGAAAAUUGGUUUAUAUUUAGUGAAAAUUGUGAAGCGAAAAGAAUAACGCAAAAUGUGUUUAUUAUAUUAAUCAUUCGAGAUAUAUUUUAGCGAAAAAUAAGUGUAUGUGUUUUACUGUUUAGUAUAAUAAAUGGCCAAAGUAGCAAAAUUCAUGUAGAAACGAGUAACAAAUAUUAAGCACUAACGAAGAAGAAGAAAUCAAAAUCAUUUUUCGCUUGAAAAAGUCUGUGCAACCAAAAACAAACAAAAAAAACCAAGUCAAACAAAAUACAGAAUAUUAAAACGGUGAAACGAGACGAAAUCAAGGAAUUCGAGAGAUCAGCGAAAAUAAUAAAUAAAACGAGUCCAAAAUCCAUCGACAAGAGCAUAAUACCAUUUCAAUAGAAUUAUCCAACCCAAGACGUUUCUAAGGCUUACAAUCUGAAUAUAUAUAUAUAGCAGAAGCAGCAAGAACGCCAACUCAAAGCACAUUGAGCAAUAAAAACCAAAAUAAAUAGGAGCAGACAGGGAACAAGCAAAGCGAAGAAAAUCUAAAGAAAAAACAAUAGCGCCGUACGCGAAAAAGAAGAAUCACUGAUUUGAAGGGGCAAAACAAAAUAUAUAAGUGCUUCAACCAGAGCAAAAAAACAACACAUACACCAACACCAACACACGUAGCGACGAAAACGAAACAGAAACAUAAUAAUGGCGUUGCAACAUGUUUUCGGUGCAAUAAUAGCUUUUACUUGUGUCGCAUGUUACUACAACAGUACCCAGUGUGACUUUGUGUUCGACGACAUAAGUGCUAUUAAAGAAAAUCGUGAUUUACGACCUCAUACGCCAUGGCGAAAUCUAUUUUUCAACGAUUUUUGGGGCACACCAAUGCAAAAGGAACAAAGCCAUAAAUCAUAUCGACCGUUGUGUGUGCUCACGUUUCGUUGGAAUUACUUAAUUCAUGGGCUCGAACCAUACGGUUAUCAUUUAGUUAACAUAUUACUGCAUCUAGUUGUAUCGUUGUUAUAUUUCAGAAUGUGUACUAUAUUUUUCAGUGACGUAACUAGCUUUGUAGCUGCCCUAUUGUUUGCUGUACAUCCGAUACACAUAGAAGCGGUAACAGGUGUUGUUGGCCGAGCUGAAACAUUGUCGUCCGUAUUUUUUCUACUUGCGUUUAUAUUUUACGUAAAAUCAACACUAGAGAAAAAGAGCAAGCUAACCGGAUGGAAAUAUUUGGCAAUUUCAAUGAUUUCGGUAGCAACGGCAAUGCUGUGCAAAGAACAGGGGAUUACAGUCACGGCUAUUUGUGCUGUUUAUGAAAUAUUUGUUAUACAAAAGAUCUCAAUUCGAAAUAUUGUGCAUUGUCUGCGUUGCAUUGUGAGUGGAAAAAGUUUUAUAUUGCCAUCUGGUACUUGGACAUCGGAUACGAAGAAGCGCUUAUGCAUUCUAUUCCUAACGACGAUGGGACUGUUAUUUGCACGUUUUAAAGUAAUGGGUUCACAGCUACCAGUCUUCACAAGAUUUGAUAAUCCAGCAUCAGUGGCACCUAGUCCAACGCGUCAAUUAACCUACAAUUAUUUAACAUCGGUGAAUUUCUGGCUGCUGUUGUUCCCAUGCGAUUUAUGCUGUGAUUGGACAAUGGGAACAGUGCCUUUGGUUGAAACAUUUUUCGAUACACGCAAUUUGACCACACUUGCAACAUACACAUUGCUAAUCGCUUUACUAUGGGUUGCAUUUACCACAGAUAAUCAACAGAGAUCGGCAGCUAUUUUCAUGGGUACAGCAUUUAUGGUGAUACCAUUCAUACCAGCAUCGAAUUUAUUUUUUCCCGUUGGUUUUGUGAUUGCCGAACGUGUGCUGUAUAUGCCAUCGAUGGGUUUUUGCAUCCUGAUCGCGUACGGUUUUCAUGUGCUACAUGAACAACAUCAUCAAAAUCGAAAGUUGAUCUGGUUAUUUAUGUGCAUCUUGAUUGGAUCGCAUGCCAUUAAAACAUAUCAUCGUAAUUGGGAUUGGAAGACUGAGUAUACGAUAUUUAUGUCUGGUUUGCGUGUCAAUCAACGCAAUGCAAAAUUAUUUAAUAAUGUUGGUCAUGCGCUCGAAGGUGAUGGCAACUAUGCCGAUGCGUUAAAAUAUUUUUUGGCCGCUGUACAAGUGCAACCGGAUGAUGUUGGUGCGCAUAUUAAUGUUGGCCGCACCUUUAAUCAUUUAAAACAAUUUCAACAAGCUGAAGAGGCAUUUUUACGUGCCAAAUCAUUGCUACCGAAAGCAAAACCAGGCGAAACGUAUCAAGCACGCAUCGCACCAAAUCAUUUACACGUGUUUUUGAAUCUUGCCAAUUUAAUAUCGAAAAAUCAUACACGACUCGAAGAAGCUGAUUUAUUAUAUCGACAAGCGAUUAGCAUGCGAUCGGAUUACACACAAGCGUACAUAAAUCGCGGCGAUAUUCUGAUCAAAUUGAAUCGAACCAAAGACGCACAAGAAGUGUACGAACGAGCGCUACUAUAUGAUAGCACUAAUCCGGAUAUUUAUUAUAAUCUGGGCGUUGUUUUACUGGAACAAGGGAAAGCCUCACAAGCACUUGCCUAUUUGGAUAAAGCAUUAGAAAUCGACCCAGAACAUGGUCAAGCACUACUCAACUCAGCAAUUUUACUACAAGAAUUUGGCCGACCUGAACUUCGCUCGAUUGCACGAGAACGUUUACUGAAACUACUUGUAAUGGAUGACAAAAACGAGCGUGUACAUUUUAAUAUGGGUAUGCUGGCAAUGGAUGAUAAAAACAUUGAAGAAGCAGAGAAUUGGUUCCGGCGUGCUGUUCAUUUGAAACACGAUUUCCGGAGCGCGCUAUUCAAUUUGGCCUUGCUUUUGGCCGACGAUCAACGACCACUCGAAGCCGCCUCAUUUCUCAACCAACUCGUCAAAUACCAUCCGGAUCACACAAAAGGCUUAAUUCUGCUGGGGGACAUCUAUAUAAACCAUGUCAAAGACUUGGACGCCGCCGAAAAUUGUUAUAAACGCAUUUUACAAAUCGAUCCGUUAAACAUUCAAGGAUUGCAUAAUUUAUGUGUCGUUUAUGUGGAACGUGGAAAAUUAACGCAGGCACUUGAUUGUCUACAGCACGCCCAUAAAUUGGCACCACAAGAGGAUUACAUAUUGAAACAUUUGAAAAUCGUUCAACAACGUUUGGCUAAUUUAAAACAGGCACCGGGAUUGCAUCAUCAAAAGACGAUUGCCUUUGCAAAAUACGAUCCAAAGGAUUUUGGUGGUGUGGCUACUGAUAACGGUUUUAUGGGCGGUAAUAGUGGUAGUACAGGUGAUGGUGUGGGUAAUCAACACGAUGCAAUCAUGAUGCCAACAAAAAGUUCCGAGACGACGACAACGACAACAGCAACAACAUCCAGUGGUAGUAACAGUAAUGGAAACAGUGACACAGAAGCAUUGAAGCAACGACAAAUACAAAAACCAAUACAAAAUUCUGAUACGAAUGCACCUAGUGGAACGCAUGGAAAAGUUUCGGCAACAUCGAGUCGAACGCGAAUCUCUAGCGAAAAUCAAAAAUUGCCUGAUGACAGUACAACAAUUUCAUUGGAUGCAAAACAUCUUAUAAAUAAAAACGACCAGAAAAUUAAUAAAAAUCAACGAUAUCGAAAACAAUUCGUUCCAGAUAAUUCACUACCCAUGUUUGUUCACGAUAUGGAUGAUCCAUCAUCAGGUACGUCAUAGUAUCAAAAAUUGUUUUUAUUGAAAUUGAACAUGAAAUGAACGACCGAUAAAAAAAACAAACAAACAAACAAAAUGUAUACAUAAACAAUGUGCACGUGAACACUGAACGCAAACCGAUGUAACCAUAGAAGGGGAUGUAGAGUGUCAGCGAAAAAUACUCAUUUUAAUGAGGAAAAUUGGUGAAAAUCAGUGGAGAAUACUUUUAUUAAAUAUGAAACAAGAGAACGAGAGAUAUAUUGAGCAUUGUAGCAGAGCAAAAAAGAGGGAAAAGGUGAUAUGUUUGUACAUGUAUUGUUGUAUAUGUUAUAUGUUUGUAUACGCAGCUAAUUAAAACACAUAGAUGCUCUCUAUGUGUGUGUGAAUCUGAUUCUAGAGCGUCAAAUGAAAAAUCAUUCAUUAAACUAGUAAAUUAAAUUGGAUGCUGAAAAUGCCAACCAUUCGUGCGAAAAUGGCAAAUAAAAAAAAUAAAAAAAAUCAUUAUUUAUAUAUGACAGAUAGACAAAAUUAAUCGAUAUUUCUUUUUUUACAUCAAACCGUUUGUUUCUUAACAUUUCAAAAUCUCGAAAGUUUUAUUUGUUAUAAACUAACGGUUAGAAAAAAAAACAAACGGGGUUGACAUUAAAUUUAUUUUUAGUGAAACAAACAACAGAAACUCUUAAACAAAACUGUUUCUAUAAAUGAAAGAGGGAAAUCGUUACAAACACAUACAUACACUCAUAAACAAAAUCGAAUGUUAUUUCAGUUUAUUUUGUAUAUUUUGUACGAAAUCUAAAUUUAGUUUAACCAAUAAUAAUGAAAAGUGAGGUAGCUGGAGAGUUGGUAUGUACGUUCAAUAAAUGACCAUAUACACAAAAUAUGUGGAUGUCGCGAGCGCAAUCACUGUAAGCCAAAGAGUGUGAGAGCGUGUAUUUUGUGAAAUGGCACACAAAAUAUUUUUUGUUUGUUUGAAAUGAUACAGACAAAACCACUCUGCACAGUCACGUACACACAUAGGCAUACCCACACAUCGACUCAUGUGGGAUUACAAAAAAAAUGUACGGUACCAAAACUGAGAAAACAUUUAUCAAUUAAAAUGCACUGAAUACAAGCAUUGAGCUUAACUAUUCGAAACCCAACGGCUCACCAGCCUAUGGAAACGCGUUUUUAUGCUAGAUGCAAAGCUAGACGAAUCUCGCUGACACACCUACCGCCAUCUCCAACCCCCCAAAAAAACCAACUAAUAAACAGAGAAAAAAAAAGAAAAAAAUAUUUUUAUAAAUUAUGUGAAUAAAAAAAAACCAAAUAAACAAAAAUCAGACUGGAGUGAGUCGUAGAUGUGGUUAUGUAUGCAUUUAUUGUCAAUGCUUGUGUAACAGUUGCGCACGAGAGAAAAUAAACAAGCAGACAAACAACCCAACACUUACUGAAAUGCAUAUGACACGAUAGUUUACAGCGAUAAGCUCUAAUAAUAAGCACACACACAUACAAAAUAUUUUUAUUUGUCUAUAAAUAUUGAAUACGAACGUUUUUAUUAUCAUUUUAUAUCUGCAUACUAUGCCCUCCCCCCCAACCUCCAAAUUCAUAUUCGUUUACAAUUUGUGUCUCUGUCAUUUUUACUGUUUAAUUUUGUAAAUGUGAACUCCCUUUGUAAUGUGUUGUCUGGCUUUUUUGGCAUACGAAAAGAAAAUCGUAAAAAAAAUCUUAGAUAAAAGUUUAUUAAAUACAAAAACAAACCCACUUAACAACAAGACACACACAUUCAUUGAAGAAAUAUAUAUAUAUAUCAAAUAUAAAUGUUUGAAGCGUUUAUUUUAAGACGGUGUGUGUGACACCGCUGAAAAGUCGUUGAAAUGCUUCGCAAUAAAAAAAAAUGAUAUGUCUACACGUACAUUAAUUAUUAAUUUGUAAUAAAUGAAAUUGUGAGAAUUAUGAGAGAAUGAAAGUAAUUGCACUAAAUCUUAUUUUCAAGAGGAUGUCAAAAACGAAAAUGGAUUAAACACAAAAAAAGUAUGCAUAUAUUUAACAGGAAAUAUGAUUAUAUAUUACUACGAUAAUAAUAACAAUUAUUAUUAUAUGUCUUAAUGUAAUUGUAAUGUGAUGAAAGCUUUAAAAGACUGUUUUCUGUAAUUAAAUUAAACAACAACAAAAUAUGAAGAGAAAUUUAAAGAAAAUAAAAACAAAAACAAAAAUUAAUCGAAUUCGAGUGAAAAUGACCCCCCAAAAUACAAAUAUGAUGGUGUUUAAGUUAGGAGCGAGACACACUAAAAAAGAAAAUACAAAUGUAUGGAUAAGAAAAAAUCCACAAAUAGACACAGGAACUGGAACACACACAACAACAACAACUAUAAUGAUAUGAUAAGUUCAAGAAAAAAAGAAACGAAUUAUAUGGAUCGGAUCAAUAGCCGAAUCCGAUCAAAUUCAAAUCCGAUGUCAUGAAAAAACCAACAAUUCUCGAAAAAUAAAAUGUAAAAUAAAAUGCCCGAAUACCAGAUA